AUGGCUAAUCCCGCGUUACAGCCAGAUCUAGAUGUCAUAGCUGGCUAUGAGGUCUACCCGGAGCAGGACUACUGCCCCAAGACCGCUGCCAGCCUCAGACAUCAGACACAUCCCCUCGACCAGCUCUCGAUACAGGAAAUCUCCCAUGCGGUCAAGAUGAUCCGCGACAAGGCAAGCCCUGUCGAGAUCAAGUUCAACUGCGUCACCCUUCGCGAGCCGCGCAAGGCCGAGUACGCCGCCUUCAAGGCCGGCGCCGGCCCCCGCCCGGAGCGCAAGGCUUUUGCCAUCAUUAUUGAAAGAGGCAGCAACAGCUGUGCCGAAGUGAUUGCCAACCUGACCCACGCCACCAUUGAAUCGUGGAAGCCCGUCACCAAUGUUGCUCCCACGCUGACGCUCGAGGACCUCGAUGUCAUGGAGCGCGUCGCUCGCAAGGACCCCCGUGUCAUCCGCGCCUGCGAGGAGAUUGGCAUCACGGAUAUGUCCAAGGUGUACCUGGAUGGCUGGGCCGUCGGCUUCGACGAGCGCUGGGACUUCAGCCGCCGCCUGCAACAGGGUCUUGCGUACUACCGCAACUCGCCCAACGACAACCAGUACGCUCACCCUCUGGAUUUCUGCGUCGUCGCCGAUACCGAGGCCGAGGAGGUUCUCAGCGUCGACAUUCGCUAUGUCAACGGCGAGCGCACGCUGCCUCCUCUGGAUGAGCACAACUUUCUGCCCGAGUUCAUUGAGCAGGGCUACAACACCAACAAGCUCAAGCCCCUCGACAUUACCCAGCCCGAGGGUGUCUCUUUCCAGAUUCGCGGCAACGAGCUAUCGUGGGCCGGCUACAAGAUGCACAUUGGCUUCAACUACCGCGAAGGUAUUGUCAUCUCGGACGUCCGCAUCGACGAUCCUUAUGAGGGCCGUGAGCGCACUCUCUUCAACCGCAUUAGUGUUGUCGAGAUGGUUGUUCCAUACGGCAACCCUGACCCCCCUCACCACCGAAAGCACGCCUUCGACGUCGGCGAGUACGGCACUGGUCUCAUGACCAACUCGUUGAAGCUCGGAUGCGACUGCAAGGGUGCCAUUCAUUACAUGGACGGCAUCAUGUCCACUUCCAGCGGUCUCCCCGCUGUUCUCAAGAACGCCAUCUGCAUACACGAGGAGGACAAUGGCAUCCUCUAUAAGCAUAUGGACUACCGCGACGCCAGCACCGUUCUGGCCCGUGACCGCAAGCUAAUCAUCUCGCAAAUCAUCACCGCCGCCAACUACGAGUAUGCCUUUUACCACACCUUUACCCUGGACGGCACCUACAAGCUUGAGAUCAAGCUCACCGGCAUACUCAACUCGUACUGCAUGCACCCCUCGGAGACGGCGGCGCCAUACGGCACCGAGGUCGCGCGCGGCAUCACCGCCCACAACCACCAGCACAUCUUCUCGCUGCGCGUGGACCCCGAGAUUGACGGCACCAACAACACCGUCAUCCAAAACGACGCUGUGACGUCGGAGGCGCCGCUGGGCUCGGCCGAGAACCCGUACGGCAAUGGUUUCUACUGCAAGAAGACGCCGCUGCGGACGGCGAAGCAGGGCGCCGUCGAGUAUAAGCACGAGACGGGCCGCAACUGGGACAUUGUCAACCCCAACGUCAUCAACGACGUGUGCCACAAGCCCGUCGGCUACAAGAUCCUCAAUAACCAGUGCCCCGCGCUGCUCGCCAAGCCCGGCAGCAUGGUCUACAAGCGCGCCGGCUUCGCCCGCAAGAGCCUCUUCGUCCUGCCCUACAAGGACUACGAGCUCUUCCCCGCCGGCGACUACGUCUGCCAGUCGACCGGCGAGCCCGGCCACCCGGACUCGUCUGUCAUCACCGACUGGGUCGACCGUGACGAGAACAUCGAGAACACCGACAUUGUCUGCUACGUGCAGUUUGGCCUGACGCAUUUCCCCCGCUGCGAGGACUUCCCGCUCAUGCCCGCCGAGCCCGUCAUGAUCAUGAUGCGCGCGUCCAACUUUUUCGAGAGGAACCCGGCGCUGUGGGUGCCGCCCUCGACCGUCGCCAAGGAUCUCAGCUCGCGCACUGCCUUUUUAAAUUCUGGUAGCGCAGCGGCGGGCAGUAGCUGCUGUGCGGAUAAGAAGAUGCCUGACUCGCAUCUGUGA